CUCACAAUAACACUGUGCUUUCUUGUUUCAGGUACAUAGUCUUCUACACACCUUUUGACAUUGGAUAUAAAGCUGCAAAAUUUCUACCAGUGAAACUUGCAUUCUCAGCCAUGAAAGAAAUUUAUAGGUGUAAGAAAGUAUAUGACGGAGUUACUCAUGCAGCCAAACUCUAUCCUAACGCUUACAUCAUUAUGAUCCUCAUCGGAACUCUGAAGGGUAACGGUGCCGGAUUCACAAAACUCAUAGAGAGGCUCAUCAGAGGCGUUUGGACUCCGACUGCUAUGGAGUUUAUGCAACCAAGCUUUCCAACAAAAGCCUGCAUUGUGGCCUCUAUAAUCUUUGUGCUUGAUAAGAAGACAGACUUCAUUUCUGCACCACACGCUUUGGUCUACUUUGGCAUUGUUAUCUUCUUUGUUUACUUCAAGUUGUCCUCAAUCCUGUUGGGCAUCCAUGAUCCAUUUGUUCCGUUUGAGAACCUGUUUUGUGCUCUGUUCAUGGGUGGGAUCUGGGACUCCCUGGCCAAGGUUCUGGGUCGUGGCGGUGCCAAGGAGGAGAAGGCCGAUGCCAAGAAAAAAGACUAAAUAUAAACAGUCAAUAUGUUUUCCCAGAAUAUCACCAGGCAGAUCUCGUCACAACUGCUCGGCCCAGCUCCGACUCGAACCCGUAACGACACAGACCACAACCACUUCAGAAGUGACCGUCUGUGAUGUGACAGAUAAAUGUUUUGAGAACUUGAAAUUUCAGUGCCUAAUGACAUAUUUACAAGUGUUUUAAACAAUGAGCUUUUCAUCCCAACUUCAUAUUUUACGAUUGAUAUUUGUUUUAGUCAAAGAUUAUAUUACAUGACAUUAGAAUUUAAAACCAAAGAUUAUAAUAUAGUAUGUUAUGGUUUACACCAUGUUCAGUCGGUUGAUGUUUGCACAGUGUUGACUCAGUGGGUGCAGUCAAACCACGCAAAUGUUGGCCGGCUCUUGUAAUAUACUGUAUAUGACUAAUUUUAUUGUUUAUAUAACAAAAGUCUAUGUAAGAUAUUUUAUUUAUUGACUGCCAACCAUGAUCUUUAUAUUAUUAUGUAUUAAAUGGUUUUAGUGUUAGUUUUUA